UAAUUAAAACUCAAACGUACAAUCUAAAAAACUAUAUUUAAUUUGUCAACUAAAAGGUUACCAAAAGAAAUUCAAUUAAUCAGGAGACAAUAUAGAGUUAAAUUUUCAGGAAAUAUAUUUAAAUUAUGCCGUAUAAAAAGCAUAUAAAGCGUUGCUUUUUGUUUCCCACCAAUUGUUCGUCUUCUCCGAUCAUCCUCCUCUUCGUCUCCGAUUGCGAAUGGCUGAACCUUUGGUGCCGUUUGUUUCAUCCCUGCUCAAAACGCAGCAGGACUAUGAUCUUGCUCAUCCUCGGCAGAUUCGUUUCAAUGACACAUCACGUCAAGCUAUGCGAACAAGAAUUAACGUUAUCUUACAACGGAGAGUAACUCCGGGGACUUCUAGUAGAACACUCCAAAUGUUUCUCUCUAUAUACACAGACUAUCUAGAGUCUAAACUGAUGAGCUCGGCGAACUCAGAGGAGGAGUACUCGAAUCCACGUGAUCUUGAAGUUCGCAUACAUUACCUUGAGAAGGAAGUUCAAGAACUAUGGAACCGUCUCCGUGAUUUGAGAUUUUCAGAUAGACUCAGCGCGCUUCCGAACACUUUGAUAACUCAGAUACUCUUGUGCCUUCCCACCAAAGAGUCUAUCAAGACGAGCUUUUUAUCGAAGAGAUUUAAAGAUCUAUGGCUUCAGGUCCCAGGGCUAGAGUUUCACUCCCAUGAACCCCCCGCCAUACGGAACUUCAUCGUCACGUUUUUCCAGAUCAACCGUGGCUCGCGUCUGCAGAGGUUCAAGGUAACGUACAACGGACGCAAUGUUUGUCUCCAUGGGACCAGUGAGUUCAUCGCCGGAGUGGUUAACCGUGGAGUUCAACAACUAGACGUUGGCAGUAGCACACUCAAGCGUCUUCUCACCAACGAUCUCGUACAUGUUAACAUUUACAAGAGCAACACUUUGGUUUCUCUCAAGCUUGCAAACGUGGGAAUGCAGAAUCCUCCUGAGUUUGGUGUUUCUCUGCCUUGUCUCAAGACCAUGCAUCUCGAAGACAUUACCACCAAGGAUCCUUUGAUCGUAGAGAAGCUCAUCUCAGGCUGUCCUGUUCUUGAAGAUCUGACGGUGUUUAGGGUUUUUGAUGACAAUGUGCCUUUCCUGCGUGUGAGAUCUCAGUGUCUGAAGAGGUUCCGUGUGAAGUUUGGGCGCUCCAGGAAGAUUUAUGGUAAAGAGUAUGCUGUUGAGGUUGAUGCUCCGGGGCUCAAGUAUAUGAACUUCAGAGAUGAUCUAUCUGAUAAAGUUGUGGUGAAGAAUCUGAGUUCCUUGUUCAAGGUCGACAUUGAUACACAGUUCGGUACUAGUACCUUGCAGAUCAAGAAAGCUAUUAUCUGUGAUUUUCUAAAAGGGAUACCUAGUGUUAGACAUAUGAUCAUCUCUCAGCCUACACUCGAGGUUCUUUAUUCUUGCAAGGAACAUGGACCGUUCACCAAAUUUUGCAACUUAACUCGUUUUGAGGCUUCGUUCUGCACCGUCUUAUUACAAACUUUGCCAUAUUUUCUUCAAGGUUGCCCGAAGCUGAAACACCUCAAAUUGAACUUGCUUUAUUUGAAGGACUUAGAACCAGAGAACCUUGAGCUUACCGUUGUGCCACAGUGCUUACUAUGUACGCUUGAGUGUGUUGAGGUUAAAGAAGUGGCCACGGUGGAGAAAGCUGGGAAGAAAAGAGCGAGGUACAUCAAGAGAACCAAAGUAUCAAAACACAUGAAGAAGAUUUGGAUUGAAGUUGUGAGGUAUAUUCUUGAGAACUCACUGGUCCUCAAGAAACUCGUUUUGUGUUUCUCUCCUGUCACCAACAGCGUCUUAGAGAUCUCGGAGGCGCUUCCUACGUUCACAAUAGGUUCUCCCGGAUGUGAGAUCUUCAAUCAUCUGACAUCUCUUUGAAGAUCUGUUUAGGAAUAAUAUAUUUUGUUGUGAAAAAAAGGAGUUUGGCCUAGCAUUUUAGAGGAUAUGGUUUUAUGAUU